CGCCAUGGCAGCCUCGGCGGGGCCGGGGACGCGCACCAAGACCAAGAAGAAGCACUUCGUGCCGCAGAGGGUGAAAGUGCUGAGGUCGGCGGACCCGCUGCUGGGCGUGCUGGCCUGGGGCAUCAACCAUCAGCUGCUUUAUGACCCCGAGAGUGGGGAGGGGAGUUUUUGAGCUCCGGUGACUCAACACCAGAAUAUUUCGGAUUCUGGAAUGAAGGAGGCUGAUGGUCAAUGAGCUGAGCCAGGUCCCGCAACCGGUGAUGCUGCUCCCUGAUGACUUCAAAGCCAGCUCUAAAGUAAAAGUGAACAAUCAUCUCUUCAACAGGGAGACCUUGCCCAGCCAUUUCAAGUUCAAGGAGUACUGCCCUCAGGUCUUCCGCAAUCUCCGUGAGCGCUUCAACAUUGAUGACCUGGAUUAUCAGGUUUCACUGACACGUAGCUCCCCCACCUACGAGAGCGAGGGAGGCGGGGGGCGGGUCCUCAUGUCUUACGAUAAGACACUGGUGAUAAAGGUGAUCUCCAGUGAAGACGUGGCCGACAUUCACAGUCUCCUCUCGCAUUACCACCAGUAUAUUGUGAAAUGUCACGGGACCACCCUGCUGCCCCAGUUUCUGGGGAUGUACCGGGUCAGCGUGGACAAUGAGGAGAGUUACAUCCUGAUCAUGAGGAACAUGUUCAGCCAUAGGCUCACUGUGCACCGAAAGUACGAUCUGAAGGGGUCCUUGGUAUCCCGUGAAGCGAGUGAUAAAGAGAAGGGCAAAGAUCUACCCACGCUGAAAGACAUUGACUUUCUAAACAUGAACCAGAAGGUGUACAUCAGUGAAGAAGCCAAGAAGGACUUCAUGGAGAAACUGAAGCGAGAUGUGGAGUUCCUAGUGCAGCUGAAGAUUAUGGACUACAGCCUGCUCUUGGGAAUCCAUGACGUGCAACGAGCAGAGCAGGAAGAAGACGAGGAAGUGAAAGAGGAAGAGGAGGAUGGCGAGGGAGAGCCUGGGGGUGUGGCGUCCGUGGGAUCCUACGGGACUUCUCCAGAGGGCAUCGGCAGCUAUCUCAACUCCCACAAGCCUCUCGGGCCUGGCGACUUUGACCCCUACAUUGACGUUUACGCCAUCAAGUGUGCCGAAAACAGCCCACAGAAGGAGGUUUAUUUCAUGGGGCUGAUCGAUAUCCUCACGCAGUAUGAUGCCAAGAAGAAGGCUGCCCACGCAGCUAAGACAGUCAAGCACGGGGCUGGUGCAGAGAUCUCCACGGUGCAUCCCGACCAGUACGCCAAGCGAUUUCUGGACUUUGUCACCAAUGUGUUUGCUUAAUGAGUCGUGCUGUGGCUGCCACCAAAGAUAAAAGGCUUUUCUGCCCCCUUCCUGUAGUUCUUCCCUGCCACCCUGACCCUCCCCCCACCCUAAUUCUCAGUAAGAGGGAUGGUUUCUCCCCCUGCUGUUUGGGUGAGCAGGAGAACUCUCAGACGAGCCCUGUUGCGGCUGGCCUGGGGGGAUGGCUGCCAAAUCAAGUGCCUUAACUUUGAUCUUUCCUUGGGAACAGUCAAUCAGGAGCUCCUUGCUAGCUCUUUGCAGGCAGCUUCUUCCAUUCCCUGGUGGGAAACACGAGGCUGGCCAUUAUCUGCCCCCUGGAACGGACCGGUGACAAACGUGAGUCAGUGACUCCGAUCAGGGCAGUAAGAUCUAAACUCGAGCACAGGGUCAGCCGGUAUCAAAUCCUGGAACAGAAUAAUAUGCAAUAAGAAUUUAAGUCGUGUGCCUUCAGAAGAAGGGCAUUCAGUGCAAUCUUCUCCGUCUACAUAAUCAGUUUCCAGCAGGGUGCUUGGCCGAAUAUUCUUUUGUCCUGUGAUAGCCAGCAGCACUACCUACUGAUGUCAAAGCCACUGUGCAAAUUCUUUACCAGUUCUCCUCACUCCACGAUGAGAGUCCUUACAGUGUCUCCCCUUCCUUAUAGAAGGUUUAGGUCCUUUCUGAGCACCCUUGUUGAUAAUAAAAUUUCCCUUCUAUUGAACAUCUGAAAGGCUUGACACUGCACUUCAGUUCCCAGGGGGUUCUUUUUCCCCCUGUUGCACUGUGACUAUGGCUUUUUAAAAAACCUCACUCAAAUUCUGCCCUCCAGGUGGGUCCAGUAUCAGAGAAGCAGAGAGAGCCUCUGUUCGGACCAGCUGUGCAACUAGUAUUCCCCCCUCCCUGCCCCAUCUAUCAGGAUGAGGCUGUGCACUAAUUCAGGGCUGCUAACCCAGCGGGGGCGGGAUGUAGUUUCUGGGUGGUUCUUUAAUCUCGGAUGUAGCGAGGACCUUGCUGGGAUCUUCUUUGGCAGAGGGGGAUGGGGAGGGAAAGAGGAUUACUUGGACUCUUAACGUCAUGUCACUUCUGUAACUCAACCGUACACCUGGAUGGGUGGAAUAGCUCUGCUCCACAGCAAGGGGUCCAAGCCUCCCCAGAGCAGCACAUAAUAGGCUCGGCAGUCCCAGCCUCCUACCCCGCCCCCAAUAGCAAUCCUAUUCCAAAUUUUGGGUGGAGGCUGAAAGUAAAAGCCCCAGACUAGGUUAUAAAUUAAGUUUUCUUUUGCUGGGAGAGAGAAAGGCCCCCGUUGGGAUAGAGUGCCCAUUUUUCAGGCACGUGAAACACACUCCUGUGGCUCGCCUGCUGUGAGAAAAAUGCAAAACAGAGCUAGCAUUUCCUGUCUCUUUCAUCAAGCAGGAAGCUUGCUAAGGCGUGAGAGAUCUCAGUAGCUUUCAGAGGGGCUCUCUGGUCCCCUAGUUGCAAGCCGGGGAACUGAGCAAUAUUAGGGGGGCAGAGCUCAGUAGUCCAGCAUCUGGCAAAGCAGGCCUCCUCUGAGACCCCACCCACUGAGCACGCUGAAGGUGCAUGCAAGGAAAAGCAAUCACAUUCCAAUCACUCCUGCCUACCUGGUACGUUGAUCUGAUGUGCAAUGGUAGCUGUUAUCCUAUUCUUGUAAGGGGAAGAGCUCUGGCAGCACCCUUGGGUGACUCCCUCUCCCUGUGUUGCUGCCUGAUGGGGCUGUUGUGGUCCUGGCACCAGGGGUCCCACCAGUACCACUCACAGUCCCCUGUUCCACUUGUGGUUCUUUUUUUUUUUGAGACAGGUGCCAUUCCUCUUGAUGCAAUAAAGCCAGUGCCAUGGAAACAUGCAUGCGCUCCAGGAGCUACACUGCACUGGGGCCCUUUUUUCUCUCUCUAGUGUUUCUUAUUGUACAAGAUGUGUAUUUCUAGUUUGCUCUGUAUCAAUAGAAAUAAAUUAUUGAAUCAGA